AUGGCCUUGGAUGAAGCUGCUGAAGCGGGCGCGCAUUUUUGCGAAACUCCUGGGCGACGCCAUGCUGCCAAGUCCUGGCUACAGAGGAAUGGAUUUCCUCCGCAGGUGGUGGAAUUGCUGGAUAGCAUGCUGGAUCGGUUGCCAGAGAUUCGCGAUGAUCAAACGGUCUUGCAUGAUCUUUGCUUACCGCGAAGGGCUGAGAAUCAACUCGUUGAGGCUGCAAAGAAUGGAGAGUUGGAUCCGUUAUUGGGUCGGCCUUCGCUACCACCUGGCUAUGAACGGCGGAGAUCCAAAACCACUGGCCUUUACCUCCUGGAGCCGCAAGGGGGAGGAAACCCGCACUUCUAUUGGAGUGAUGCGUUGAAGACUGCGUUGCCUGCCCACCAUGGCGCUGAAGAUCUGGACCUACCACAUCCGCUUCUUGAAGCAGACGCCAAAGUGGAAGGUUCGCAUCCGCAUCCAUAUUUGGUCACUGCUGGCCUUGGGAACUGGUGCAGACUCUGUCAGGAGACUGCUGGAGAGAAUCAUGCAGCAUCCGAAAAGCAUUGCGCCUUGAAGUCCUUGUGGCAUCGCUGUGUCGCUGUCCUGCGCUCCAUGUGCGAAUGGUGUCACUUGAUACCCACGGAGGUUGAAAAUGAUGAACAAGUUCUAGCAGCAUGGCGUGCAGAGAUCUUACUCGAGAUGCAAGAUCUGCAAGGCCGUUCAGAUCCGGAGGAUGAACUGCAAGUCUUGUCCCUUUUUUGGCACUUGGUCCGGAAGCAGUGGCCCAGCAAGUGGCCUGACAUGCUGGGGGCUUUGAAGAGCUUGUUGUCUGCGGUGGCGGUGGAAGAACCCGAUUUGGUUUCGCAUAUGGCACCACCGGAGCUUGGUGAAGACCUUCCUUGCUUUCCACCGAUCAGGCACCCGCUGAACAAGGAGUCGACCGUUGCAGACCUAUCCAAAUUCACGGUGCUUGAGCUGCUGGUUCGUGGACUGGAACUGCAAGAGUCAGGUGUGUUUCGAUGUUGGUACUGUGAAGUGGAUGUUUCAGUGGAAAAACUGCCCGACCACAUCCUUCCUUGCCGCCAGAAAAAGAAGGGGAACCAUGACAGCAUGCAGCAACAAUGGGACGCCCACGCUUCCUUUAUCAAAGCGAAUGGAUGGACACUCCAGGGCCUGUGCGAGGUGAGAGGUCGACAAGUCUUCUGCGGGUGCUGCCCGGAUCGUGAAAUAAGUCAGGGGAUAGAGGAGCAUCUUGGUACAGGAAACCAUCAGAACUUUGCCAAGCACCUUCCCAAGCCUUCUGCACACGUGGAGGAGAGGCGCAGAAUGAUUUGGAUGGCGGCUGUGGAAGCCGCCGAGACGAAACAAAUGAAGAUGGCCUGCCAGCGGCAGGAAGCUCUGGCGAAAAGUUUGGACUUGAAAUUGGUCUCCACAAGUGACGAGGAACCAACGGUUGCAGACAGGCAGAAGGCCCAAGCUGCGGCAGAUGGAAGGGGUUGCCCUAAGCUCCCAGCCCCGUUGUGUUGGGGUUACAAGGGCACCAAGAAGAAGGAAAUCUACGUAUGGUGCUGUGAAUGCAAAACCUACUGUGGAUGGGUUUUGUUUAACAUGCAACAUGGGCACAACCAGACGGGCAACUGUGGCCAGUGUACACAUUGGGCCAACGCCGCGUACGCAGAAAAGAUGACGUCUGAGCUGAAGGCGGCUAGAUGGAACCAAUGA